UGCUGUGCGACGACAGCGGAAGAGACGUGGCAAGAAGGGAAAAAAAUCCUUUCCGGAAGAAUAUAGUGCUCAAAUAUGAAGCUUAAUCACUAAACUGGAACAUUCGACUCAGUUAAGAGAAGACAAGCUUGUGGAGAUUCCCUGAAAUCCCUCUUUUGACAGGCAGACCAUGGGUCUGUGUAAGUGUCCGAAGAGGAAGGUGACGAACCUGUUUUGCUUCGAGCAUCGCGUCAAUGUGUGUGAACACUGCCUGGUGUCCAAUCACAGCAAGUGUAUAGUGCAAUCCUACCUUCAGUGGCUCCAGGACAGUGACUACAAUCCUAACUGCAGUCUGUGUAAUCAGCCUCUAAAUUCCCAGGACACUGUGAGAUUAGUCUGCUAUGAUCUUUUCCACUGGUCCUGCUUGAAUGAACUGGCAUCACGACUGCCCCUGUAUACGGCACCAGCGGGUUACCAGUGCCCGACAUGCCAGGGACCCGUUUUUCCUCCCACCAACCUCGCCAGCCCUGUGGCCGACAUGCUGAGAACACAACUGUCCUCAGUGAACUGGGCACGAGCAGGUCUGGGCCUUCCACUGGUUGAAGACCAGCCUGAGGUCCAAGCAAGUACAACGCUCGAUGUGACUGAUUAUACAGACUGGACCUUCAAUGCGCCUUCUGCUGAGACCUCCAUUUCUGCCCCAUCACUUUCGUACACCCCAGAGGCAACAGUCACUCCGGCAUGUUCACAUCAGGACGUGGGACACAGCCACGGUGUACACAAUAAUGGAGGACCGGGCGUCCAGGAACACUCCGUCAUUGACAUGAUCACGGCCACCGCACCGGACACUAUCGUAAUCAACAAAGCCUCAUCACCUAGAAAGGUGUACGACACACGAGAAUCAGGCCACACUUCGGCCACCCAGAUCGAUUUCGAUGAAGAUAAGUACAGAAGGAGGCCAGCACUCAGUUGGUUUGCACAGAUCUUAAAGAACCGCUUGGGCCCUAAGAGACGGACGUUCACACUAAAGCAAAGGAUCUUCAUGCUCCUCAUUCUCGGAGUGAUCGGCUUCUUUACCCUCAUCGUCAUCAUGGCUAAGCUGGGCCGGGCUUCUGCUGACGAAGACCCCAACCUGAACCCCCUGUUUAACCCUAAUAUCAGAGUGGGCAACAUGUGAACCAAGCGUGGCUCCUGUAGAAGUAAACAGGCAGGAAAUGCAGCAUAGCGUGACUGUUUUAAGGACCAGGACCAAUGUGUGAAAUGCCUUUUAUCAUUGGAGGGAUGAUGAUGAUGAUGAUGAUGAUGAUCCAUCUUCCUUUUGCUUAAUUUGACCAGAUGCAAGGAACUUGUUUGAUUAAUCAUCCGGAUGGCAAUCUGAAUUUUAGCGUAUUUAACACUUUGCAGUGCGUUCAUGUCUAUGUGAAUGCUGGAAAUGGGUAUGUGUGUUUUUGGGGUUGUUGUUUUUUGGUGGGAGGAAGAGAAAAUUCUAAAAAAAACAUUGUCUAAUUUGAAUAAUUUCAUUUCAAAAGAUCACUUUGCAGUUUCAUGGUGUGAGAUCCCCAAUCUGCCCUUUGUAGCUCCGGCUAGAAACGAGAGACGUGUGUGUGUGAGUGUUUGUGUACAAUCGUUAAUAUGGUUCACGCCAUAUUUUUGUGGCUUAAAAAUGGCCGUGUUCUAAAUAACUCGGUUAAACAUCGCCCACUCUGUAUAUUCCAAUGUUGAUUGUGUAAAGUAUUUUUAAAACUGAAUACAGUCCACAGAACUGGAUUGCUUUGAAUUUUUGUUGUAUAUCUGAUCACGCUUUACAUUAAGGUUCACACGCCUGGUUUUAUUUAAUGUACUUAACAAGCUGUAAAGCUUCAAAAUACCUGUAUUCAUCAACGUACAUAACGUUUAAUUAAAUCCCACCGUAACCAAAA